AUGAACAACGCGCAGGAUAUGUCGCCCGAUUUCGUGUUGAUGCGCCUGGUUUCCGCGGCCGAGGAUGACCGCCUGGACGCAGAAAACGGGAACCUGCCGCCGGGAGGAGUGGUGGCGGGGCUGGGGAAGGAGGUGCUGGCUCACAGCGGCGUCAAAGCGGGGCUGGAUAUCAGCCGAGAUCCGACGGCGGGCCUCGAGCAUCCCGGCGGCCGCCUGAACAAAGCGCAGCCGAGCGGCGAGGGCACGGCUGCACCUGACGCCGAAAGCCGAGCGCCGCUGUCCGCCGUGCCUCCUCCGCCGCAGAGCCCCAUGGAGGCCCAGAGCUUUGACUUCGCUCCCAGCCCCGGCCUGCGGCCUCAGCUGCUGGUUUUCUCCAACAUCAUGCGCAACGGAGAGGGGAUUUUAGACUUAGACCGUCGGAAUCAGCAGAGGGAUGCUGGGGGUUUGGAGCAGAGCCCGGGCUCAGGAUGCUCCGGCCCCGCUGUUAAUAACAACACCAUCAGCCCCGGAGGCGUCCAGCAGCAGCAGCAGCAGCUGCAGCAGCAGCAGCAGAACCUGCUGGACCGGACGUGGGGCGCGCAUCCUCCGGUCACCGCGGAGCUGCAGGGAGCCGCGGAGCUCUGCCGCCGGCACAGACUCAUCACCACCCCGCCCGAGUGGCCCUUGUUGUCGGAGAGAUCCAACCCAAUCACCGUGAUCGACUCCAAAUGGGCCUCCAGGGACCGAGAGGGAGCCGUGUUUGAGCUGGCCCGGCGGUUCGGGGAGCUGGGGGUCGGUGCGGUGCCCAAGAUGCUGCUCAAAGCAGGCGAGCUCCCGCAGUGCUCGUGUCAGGGCGCACACAGGCCGGCAGGAGGGGGGGUCGAGCCCGGGGAUGACCCCACAGAGACCAGCGACGCUCUGUUGGUGCUGGAGGGGCUGGGGAGCGGGGACGGCCUGGGCAUGGACGAGUGCCCGGAGGGGGAGCCGGACGAUGAGAACGGACGCCGCGAGUUUCUCCUCAACAGGAAGAGGGAGAUAGUUCAGAAAAUGUCCGGAGCUUUCUCCAUCAGCGGCUUCCAGGUGGAGCUGAGGCGGCAGGUGGAGGGGACCGAGGCGGCGGCGGCGGCGGCGGCGCACGUUGGCGCGCAGGUGUGCAGCCUCCACGGGAGCUCAGCCAGCCCGCAGGUAAGCUCCGGGGAUUCAGAGGUUGUUGUGGGCCAGGUGUCAGCCGCGUCACAGUCACACACGCCGGUCCAGAGCUCACCGUGGGCCACGAGCCCCAACCUGAGCCAGGCGUCCACACCCAGGAGGCGGCCGGAGAGGUGCGCCAGCGCGCCGCGGACUCCCACCGGCUGGACCGCCGCAGGGGAAAAGACGCUCAAAGUUUCGGGGAAGUCCAAAAAGGGCUCGUUAAAGAUCCGACUGAGCAAACUGUUCCGGACUAAAAGCUGCAGCGGCUCCAACCACCUGCUGGACAAGAGGCCCUCCGUGACCUACUCGGUGUCUUCUGCCGGGAGUCUGGUGGACAUGGCGAGCACCGCUGGAGCUGAGCAGGACGCAGACAGGUGAGCACCCGCAGAUCAGUGUCACUGUGAACAGGUGGAC